AUGGACCGAGUGACCAGAUACCCCAUCUUCGGCAUCCCUCACUCACCCCGUGUGGCUGACCUGGGCCUUGAGGAGGGCACCGGCUACACGUGUGAGGUGGUGGACAUGGGGCCUGCUGACCAAGAGGCCAGGCCAAGUACAGCCGGGCCGAAGGCAUGCUGGAGCCCAUGUGCCUUCCCCGUGGCAGGGGGCCGGCCAUCCCCGUGGAGGCUCUGCCCGGAGGGUGACGAGGACGGGGGGGCGAAGGCCUACGGCCCGGACGCAGGGGACACCCAGCCCACGCGGCCGCGGAGCCGGGAGCAGGAGCUCCGGGCGGGCGUCCAGGGCCCGGCGCUCAGGAAGGGCGGCACAGGGGCCCCGCUCCAGGGCCGCCCUGCCCACCAGGACCCCAGGAGCCCCGGCCAAGCUCCGUCCGGGCCCCUGGAGGAGGACGUGGUGGACAGGGAGCAGAUCGACUUCCUGGCGGCCCGGCAGCAGUUCUUGAGUCUGGAGCAGGCCAGUGUGGGGCCCCCUCCCAACCUUCCGGCUGGGGCUGCCCCCGCGGGCGGCCCGCCUGGCGUCAGUAAGGCCCCCAAGGCCCCCCAAGGCCCGCCCCUGGCCAACGGGUGUGCUGUCUCGGUGAGGCCCCAGGUGAGGCCCCAGGUGAGGGUCGUGGUCACGGGAGAGAAGGGGGGGGCUGGCGCCCAGGCUGUGGGCGACCGCGGCUCCCGGUCCCAAGCCGGGACCCCCGAGCCCCCCGAGGAGACACCCAUCGAGCGGGAGAUCCGGGUGGCCCAGGAGCGAGAGGCGGACCUGCGAGAGCAGAGGGGGCUGCGGCCGGCGGCCCGCCAGCAGGAGCUGGUGGAGAUCCCCGCCAGGGGGCUGCUCGCCAAGGCCAGCCUGGCCUCGACCCCCAGGCGGGACAGGGGGCGCCCGUGGCUCUACGUGCAGCGGGACUUGGCGCAGGAGAUGCAGCGUGAGGAGGCUCACCGGCGGCGGGGCCUGAAGGCGGGCGGCUCCUCCGCCCCCCCCAGGGCGGCCGUGGGCCCCCAGGCUGCACUCAGGAGAGCCCUUAGCUCGGACUGCAUCCUCAGCCUGGCCCCGGCAGCCGGUGCGGCCCACCCUGCGGCAGAGGCGAGGCAGGAGGCCGGGCAGCCGCAGCUGCGCCCCGGGAGCCCCCGGCCGGCCCGCGCGGCCUCCCACGCCGACGGCAAGCCUGCGGGCCCCUCUGCGGAUGAGGCUGUGGGCUCCCCAAAGGCCCCAGGGGCUCAGUGGCAUCUCUCGGAACCCUCUGGAAAACCGUCAGGCACAGAGGCGCAGCGCUCCAAGCCCCGCGAGGGACCCCCGCGAGCCCCCGGAGGUGUCGUUCGAAGGGAGUAUUUCCUCCAGCGGCCCCUGCGCUUCAAGAUCCCAGAGGGGCCCCUGCAGGCCCCGGCCCCCCACGUGCCGGGCUGGGAGUCCGGGGAGAUCCCGCAGUGGAGGCUGCAAAGGUCCCAGUCGUCCGAGCUGCUGGAGAAGGAGGUGGAGCGCGUCCUGCAGCGCGAGCGGGAGGUGGCGGAGGAGCGGAGGCUGGCGCUCUUUCCCGAGGUCUUCUCGCCGCCGCCGCCCGAGGAGGAGGAGGAGGAGGAGGAGGAGGAGGAGGAGGAGGAGGCGGCCGAGCACUCCAGGAGCUCCUCCGCGGCCUCCGGCAUCACCGGCAGCUACUCCGUGUCCGAGUCCGAGUCCCACUUCACCCCCAUCCACCUGCCGGGCGUGUUGGGGACGGAGGGGGCCCCGGCCAAGGCGGCUCCUGGGCAGAAGAAAAGGAAGGAGCAGCGGUACGCCAGCAUCAGCGCCUCGGACCACAUCAACUCGGAGGUUCUGGAGGCCACACGGGUGACCCGCCACACCAACGCCAGGGCAAGGCACUGGGAAGCCCGUAUCUGUGCCAAUGAGGGCAAGAGCUGAGCUGGGCACCGGCACCACGCGACCGCCCCCGGCCUGUCCCCCAGCCCCCAUCCCUUAGGAAGUAGGUCCCAUUUAAACCCACCACUGGAGAACCACGCCUCGCGUACCCACCGUUCCC